UCGACUCGAACCGUAAUUAAAUAUGAUUAUCGAACAGCGAGCGUGACGCCAUCGCCCGAUUCCAAGCGGGAUCCCGUCAUCAAUGUGACUCUAUAAAAAUUCCUCGUGGGCGACCCUUCACAUUUGGCCUACCGAUGAACCGGAUGAAAGUGAGACGAGCGUCGGCGUGUCAGUGUUCGACGCCACGGAGCAACCUUGAGCAACGGCCAGAGAAAGGUGAAGGACUCUUUACGAACAUAAUCGCACUAUGGAUGGCGGUGGACGCUGCCCGCGGAAUUCACAUUGUUUGCGAAGUAUCAGCAUCGUCGGACGUGGACUGGAGUGAUGUGCGAUCCGCGCGCGGUGUACAGAAACCACGGAAGGACACUGGAAACACGCCUCGCUGCAGAGUAGUGCAUUUCAUCACAACGUCGGAUAUAGCGGGAAUACUCGUUGGCGUUCGAAACUCCGAGGUUCUUGUUACUUACCAGCAACCCCACGUUCAGCCUCAUGGUGCAGUAAGAAAGCAUGAUGGUAUCCGAAGAGUCAUGAAUGCUAAAGUUAUAGAAUUUAUCGACACUGCUCAGAAGGGGGGCAGAAUCUACCAAGGAUGAUUUUCAAAAAUUGUUCCCCAGAGCACGUCAUCACGAGCAGCCUUCUUGCGAGUUUGAGCUUCCUUACGGCUUCUUUUACUAUUUCAUAACGUCGUACAUCCAUGGAGGAUCAAGAGGAAGACACGGACAUGCGCGGACGUAAUUCUAUUCGCACGCAGAAAGGUACGAUGCAGUAAGCAGGACUGAAAGCUCACGACA